AGCACACAAAUGUGAUUGGGAUGUGUAGAUUGUCACUGGGUCCUCAUAAAAUCAACCCUGGACAGUAGGAAUGGAGGAAAUAGUUUACUGGACAGUGAAAGAAGAUACUCCUUGUUUGCUGCAGUGCUCUUGAACAAGAGACCAAUGGAAGCUCAUCAGAGAGUAAGGCAAAAUAUACCUGCAACUAGCUGGCCCACCAAGAGGUGGACAAAGACAUUGUUGUGUGAAUGAUUGCUCACAGUUUUGAUGGUGGUUUGCCAGCCUGAAAUCUUCCACGUUCUGCUUUGAUUGAUGUUGGGGCUGGAUAAAAGAGGAAGAACAUAUCUUCCUCUACCUUGUUUUGUUUAAGUCAAGAAUCUUCCACCUUGGCUGAAAAGUGAAACCCUCCAAAGGAAUAGCUUGUUGCAAAGGACUUUUUAUAUUGGAGCACAUUUCAAGUCACCAGAGAGAGGGCUGCUAAGAGAUGAGAAGAAUCUGAAAUACUUCACUAACCUGCAAAACAGAGAUUUCUAAGCUAGCCACUGGUUUGAAAAAGAAACCUUAGGUAACUGUGCCUUCCAGUUAAUUACUUCAGAAUUCAAAAUAAGAGCUACAGAUUAAAAAAACUGAGGACAACAAUGAUCCAGGAGGUCAGAUUGUGUGGCAUAAAACUGGACAAGAUUUAUUUCAGUCUUUGUUUAUUUACAGCAAACCAUUGGAAAGAAAAGGUGUAGAUACACUUGAAUGAUCAACUUCCAAAAUGACUGAAUGGUUCAAAAGAAGGUUAUCAGCCUGCUGCAUGAAUCCACUUUACUUAAUGAAUCCAAGCUUCUUCAUUAAACUGCUGGUCCUCCUCCUAUUAUAUAAACAUGUUGAUUCCCAAUGCAAGAUUUCACGGUGUAAUUCUGAAUUUAUAGAAGCCACAGCAGACAUGCAUGACUCUGAAAGGAGCACUGCCUACUGUAAUGCCUUGAGGGACUACUCCAGCUGCACCCGGAGGACGUCCCGCACUUGUCGCGGGGACUUGGCAUACCACACUGCUGUUUAUGUCAUUGAAGACCUCAUAAUUCAGAACAACUGUUCCAGGGACUCGCCAACCACAGUGCCCAAACCUCCAGCACUGUCACCUAACAAACAUGAUUAUUUCCCAUCCACAGACACCUGUGACUAUGAGAAAAGUUUUAUCCACAAACAUGGCCAGUCCCCCACAUACCAAUAUUGUGCUGUCUUUGGGGAUCCUCAUGUCCGGACUGUCAACGAUGAGUUCCACACUUGCCGAGUUGAAGGCUCCUGGCCACUUCUGGACAACAAUAAUUUAUUUGUGCAAGCCACUAGUUAUCCUAUCAUUAAAGGAUCAAAUGUCACUGGAAUUGGCAAGCUUACCAUUAUAUUUAAAAACAUGAAAGAGUGCAUUGAAGAGAAGGUCUACCAGGCAGAAAUGGACAACCUGCCAGUAGCAUUUGCAGAUGGUUCAGUGAAUGGUGGUGAGAAACCUGGAGGGAAUAGCUUAACCAUUCAUGAGCACAUACCUGGACAGCACAUAACAAUCCAAGCAACAUACAUUGGUACCACCAUUGCUGUGCGCCAGGUAGGGAAGCACCUGUCCUUCUCCAUCCGGAUAGCUAAGGAGAUAGCAACCUCCUUCACAGAUGAACAGGAUCUCCAGUUGUGUAUGUCAGGAUGCUUUCUCAGCCAGCGCAUCUCUAUACAUAACUGCUGUCGUCCAAAAGGCAGCCUGACCAGAAAGAAAGCUCGUCUGCUAUGUAAGGAGAAGCUACCAGUUGAAGACAUCUAUUUCCAGUCAUGUGUCUUUGAUGUGAUGACUUCAGGAGAUGUUAACUUUACUCAAGCAGCACAGAAGGCAUUGGAAGAUGCCAGAGCACUCCAUCCAGAUUCCAAGAAAAUCCAUAUUUUCCACAGUAAUAGGACUUCUUAUCCUUGCAGUUCAUCCUUCCUUCUCUUAAUCCUCACAAUACUACAACUGUAUAUUUGAACAUUUCAGUGGUGACUAAAAAGUCUAGGGGAUCAGCAAAUAUGGUUUAUUUCCUCAAAUGGCUUUUUAAGUGCUGAUAGAUGAGCUACCCCAACCUGUUUUAAAACUAGAGUUAGGUGUCCCAUUCAUGUUCUUGUGUGGAAAUCUCAUUCUUAACACCUGGGACAUUCCAGGAAGUUAUGAAUAUUUAUCUAUCCUAUAGUGAUGAAUGGUGAAUGGGAUUUGUAUUCCUAAUACUUCUUGGUGCAAUUAAUCAAGAGGACCUUGCACUAUAAUUCCCACAUAGCUUAGUGAUGGUUAUCAACUGGAACUUUUUCUCUGAAUUUGAUGACAUCCUUAGUUAAGAUCCUUAAUUACUAAUAACAAUCAGACGAAGGAAAUAUUUGGGUAUUCAGUGGCUUUAAGUUUUUUUUAAAGAUUUAGUGGAAACCUGAGAGAGAUGAAAACUAAUGGUAAAUGUUCUUUGGCACCUUAAAAUAUCUGGACAGUAUACACUGAAUGUAGUAAGCUAUUUUUUUCUUCUCAGCUUUCUGUUUGCUCACCAUGUUUUCAGGUUUAUUUAAUCUCUUCUGAAAACUGGAAAUUCACAGCUAUCUACAGAAAUAACACUGAGACUGCAUUGCCUCUUUCAUUAAGUUUUAGUUUGCAAAGUCAGUGUUUCUAGAAAACAACUUUGCUCUAAGUGUCUAUAAUGAUUUGUUUAUAACAGAGAGAAAAAUGGGAACUCCUCAAAAAAUGUAAGGGCUACUCAGACACAAUCACUAUAAAUGCCUGAACUAUAAAUGCAGUCAGAAGAACACUUUUUCUUUUUUUACUCAAUACUUGUUUUUCUUCUUCCAGACAAACUGCAGUUGUUUUCUUCCAAUUGACAGCUCAGAUUGUAGAUUCUAUGGAGCCAGAUUUGAACCGAAGUUCCCAAUAGAUUCUUGAAUUAGGUUGGCUCC